GGAGGAGGAAGAGGAGGAGGAGGAGGAGGCGGCGGCGGAGGGCGGCGGCGGCGCGCCGAGACGCAGGAGCGGCAGCAUGUCGGCCGGCGGAGUCCCGCCGCCCCCGAACCCCGCCGUGUCCUUUCCCGCGCCCCGGGUCACCCUGCCCGCCGGCUCCGACAUCCUGCGGACCUACUCGGGGGCCUUCGUGUGCCUGGAGAUUCUGUUUGGGGGCCUUGUCUGGAUCCUGGUGGCCUCCUCCAACGUCCCUCUACCUCUGCUGCAAGGAUGGGUGAUGUUCGUGUCCGUGACAGCAUUCGUCUUCUCCCUUCUCUUCCUGGGCGUAUUCCUCUCCGGCAUGGUGACUCAGAUUGAUGCCAACUGGAACUUCCUGGAUUUUGUUUACCACUUUAUAGUGUUUGUCUUUUACUUCGGAGCUUUCUUACUGGAAGCAGCAGCCACAUCCCUGCGCAAUAUUCGGGGUUGCAAUGCAACCUUGGCUGAGACGCCACUCCUGGAUGACAACCAGUAUAACAUAAAUGUAGCCGCCACAAUUUUUGCCUUCGUGACGACAGCCUGUUAUGGUUGCAGUUUGGGUCUGGCCUUACGAAGAUGGCGACCGUAACACUCCUUAGUAGCUCACUGUCUAGGCUGGAGAAAUCGUACAGUGGGUAGGGCAUUUGCCUUUCAUGUGGCAGACCUGGGUUGAUCCCUGGCCUCCCGUAUGAUCCCCUGAGCACUGCCAGGUAUAGUUCCUGAGUGCAGAGCCAGGGUAACCCCAGAGCUUUGCCAGGUGUGGCCCAAAAACCAAAAAGAAAGAAAAAAAGGCAUUGUCCAGGUGUUGGUUUCAUUUGUCUACUUAUAUUGUAGUCUGAUUAUUUAAAUGCCAUUUUGUCCAGAUAUAAGAAUAUUUCAAAAAUAAGUUACUCAGUUUGAAAGAGAAUCUUAAGUACAAGCCUAGUCUUAUUUCCUGGGUGGAGUUUUAAUUUUAUUAUAAUAUUAAUUAUAUUAUAUAUAUAUAGCCAUUAUUUUUACAUGUUCCCUUUUUCAAAGAAAAUUUCCCUUUAUAUCCGUACAAUGAACAGAUAAUAUUCAUGGAAAAGGGGUCUCUCUUUUGUCUAGGUGCCCAGAAGCUUAAACCUGGAAAUUUAGUGAACCUUGAAGUUUAACUAAGUAUCUCAAAACAAUAUUCCAAAUAGGUUUACCACUAAACUUUAGUUUUGAAUAUGAAACAGGGAUUAAUAGUCAUUUUCUUUAGAGGUCUGGAGAUAUAAUAUUUUAUAAAUAUUUUAGCUUUCACAGGCCUGUACAGCCUAUGUUGCAGCUUUUUCCCACUGAUGUUUCUACAUGAAAGUGGCUGUAGACAAUGCAUAAAUGAGUGUGUGGCUUUAUUCCAAUAAAACUUUAUAAAAAAAAACAGACAGAAGGUUGGAUUUGGCCUGUAUGCUUCAAAUUAUAGUUUGCUGGCCUGUGGUAUUUAGUUUUAUGUUCUGCAUUUUAUUAAACUUUUUUUUCUGAGCUAAAGUUUAUUAGAUGAGGCUCAGAGUUGUAUCAUAAUGCAAUAAUCACAAUGCCUUUUUGUUAAUUAUCAAAUACCUUGAACAGGCUUAUCAUUCCUCAAGUAAUAAGGGGCAUAUAGUUUCUCAAGCUAUUUCAAUCAUGAAAUGUGGUUAUAAGAAAGUGUAAUUUAUGAUGUGAUCCCUUAUAGCCUGACCAAAUUCAGGUCUCCUAAGGAGUGAGCAAAACUCCCACUUCACAUCCUUCACAUGGAGAUUCCCCAGAGACCAUUACCCAGCGCUGGUAUCUCUCCACUUACAUCAUACUUUGAAUUUAGUCAUGCUUUAAAAUAUAGCUGUUUGCCCUGUGCAUGAAUAUAUGAAUAUUGUGUGUGGUUAUGUAAAGCUUUUCCAAAUCUAGAGCUCUAAAAUAAGUUUUAAAUUUUAAUUGUUUUUUAUUAUUUUUUGUUAAAUUUGAAUAUAGUAGUAAUUCUAUCUUAAAGUUGUGUUUUUUUUUUUUAUAGUAACCCAUCCACACGUAUUCUUUUUGCAUUGGUGACAGCACAAAGUCACUUUUAAAACAACAGCCGUCAAAAACAAAAGACGCAGCCUCUGGAUGACUAGCACAGUUUAAAAGGAGAAAGUAUUUUAAGCCACCUGUAAGAUCUUAGUUGUGGACAAGUGCCAGUAUGGCUUGAAAGAAGGGAAUAAGUUAGAACUCCCCCUCACUACUUCUCACCACAGUGAAGUAAGGAAUUCCCAGCUCCCACUCCACUGGCUAUCUCUUGCUCCAGAUUGCUGCCUUUGGGAAAAGACGGCUUUUGAAUGCUCUGUUCUUUCAACCCUUUUCUUUUUAGCGGAAACAUUGCCUAAAGCCUACCGUGUAUACAUAGGACUGCUAGAUUUUCUGGAACAUAGAACAAUCAUGAAUGAGUAGUAUGGUCUGUGUUCAGUAAUCAACUGCUGUUGGUAUAAUAAUCUCCUAGAAAGAACUUUGUUAGAGUUUAGUUUUGAGAAUCUAAAGAGAAAACACGUUUCAAUAUGUGGCUGAAGGAAAUAAGUUUUAUGACUUUAUGCACAUAUCAUGUCUUUUCUAUAAACAUUCCACUUCCUGGGUUUUCCUAGCUCAAGACCACACAUUUGAACUUGUAUUAAAAAUUGUAUAUUACAAAGUCAUAAAUGUGCCAUAAGGAUAUAUAGUUAAUCUGCUCUACCUGGAAUUACAUAGUCUGCUAGAUUUAAUUGUGAGAUUCUAUUUUUGUUUCCAAGGUAUAACAGGUCUGUACCUGCUGCCGUUACGUUAAAUGAUUUCAUGGAAAUGCUUUGGUGGCACUUUUGUAAAUGAAUUGCUUCUAGAUAAUUAAGAACCAAGUCUAAAACUCAUCUAACUGUGAAUAUGCUUAGAUUUGUAAAUUAAUUGCAUUUUAGAUUUGUAAGCUGAGUGACAAAGCACUUGAACAAAAAUACUGGCAUAUAAGAAUUUAUAUAUCUCAGCUGUAAAGAUGACAACGUCUUGGGUGGUUUUAGAAUCUGGUAACUCCAUGAUGAAAAGAAUUUUAUUUUAUAAGUGUUAUAACUCUAAUAAAGUAUUCAUUUGAUAAUCUU